AUGCUCCGCCGUCGUCUGGCAAAGGACGACGACGUCCAGCAGACUAAGGACAAGUCUCGCGAUGACAAAGGAAAGUCAUCGCCAGAUACUAAGACGGUUGUUAUCCAAGAAAAGCCGCAAUCUGGAUCGUUCUUUUCCCGACCGAAGAGUAAACGGCGCAAUGGACUCAUCUUCGCACUAGGAGGCAUUUUCGGCAUCUUUGUUGCCUUGUUUUUCGCCAACCAGCAGGAUGUGAUUAGUCUUGAAUCAUUGAUGGAUCUGAACCUGGACACAUUGAUCGAUGUUAUUCCUCAAGGCAUUAUAAGGGAUGCGCGAGAGUUCACGCAACAUGAGCGCGACGCAGUCAGCUAUGAUCCCUUCUCCGUCGGCCUCCAGCUUCAGGCGCAAGGCAUCGAGGCCAAACAUCCAAUCGUUAUGAUCCCCGGUGUCAUUUCAACCGGCUUGGAGAGUUGGGGCACAGGGCCGGCCUCCCGUCAGUACUUUCGUCGGCGACUCUGGGGCAGUUGGAGCAUGAUGCGUGCGCUCGUUAUGGAUAAAGCAGAAUGGAAGAAUCACAUCAUGCUGGACAGAGAGACUGGAUUAGAUCCUCCGGGGAUCAAGCUUCGCGCAGCCCAGGGGUUCGAUGCGACCGAUUUCUUUAUCACAGGCUACUGGAUCUGGAACAAGAUCCUUGAGAAUCUGGCCACGAUUGGAUACGACCCAACCAAUGCUUUUACGGCCGCAUAUGAUUGGCGGCUAUCCUAUUUAAACCUGGAAGUCCGCGAUCAGUACUUCAGUCGUCUUAAGUCGUAUAUCGAGACGGCUGUGCUGGUUAAAGGAGAGAAGGUGACUCUAGCGUCGCACAGUAUGGGUUCGCAGGUGGUUCUCUACUUCUUCAAAUGGGUCGAACAUCCAGAUCACGGCAAAGGAGGUCGCGACUGGGUUAACAAGCACAUCGCCAACUGGAUCAACAUCAGCGGGUGCAUGCUAGGCGCCGUCAAAGGCCUGACGGCGGUGUUGUCGGGCGAGAUGCGCGACACCGCCCAACUUAACGCCUUUGCCGUCUACGGCCUGGAGAAGUUCCUGUCCAAGGAAGAGCGUGCCGAGAUCUUCCGCGCCAUGCCGGGUAUAUCGAGCAUGCUCCCCAAGGGCGGCGAAGCAGUCUGGGGCAACUCUACCUGGGCACCGGACGAUCAACCUGGCCAAGUCAUGACCUUCGGCAACCUCCUCAACUUCCGCGAAACCAAUUCCUCCUGGACCCGUAAAAACCUCACCACAACGGAAAGCCUGACCUACCUGCUCGACCAAAGUGAGGAUUGGUACCGCCACCAGGUGCUGAGCAGCUAUUCACACGGCGUCGCGCAUACAACCAAGGAAGUCGAGGCGAACGAGAACGACCCGCGCACAUGGCUCAACCCACUUGAGACACGGCUGCCCCUCGCCCCGGACAUGAAGAUCUACUGCUUCUACGGUGUGGGCAAGCCGACGGAGCGCAGUUACUUUUAUCAAGAAGAACGCGAUCCCCUCGUCAACCUCAACGUCAGCAUUGACACCACCGUGACCACGCCAGACGGCGUAGAUCGCGGCGUCCUCAUGGGUGAGGGCGAUGGCACGGUUAACCUGCUCAGCACAGGAUACAUGUGUGCCAAGGGAUGGCAUAUUAAACGGUAUAACCCCGCCGGCGUGAAAAUCAAGGUCUUCGAGAUGCCGCAUGAGCCAGACCGAUUCUCCCCCCGCGGUGGUCCGAAUACAGGUAUCUUCCUCUUCUGCCUCAUUCAAUCAAGUAUUCCGUGGGUUACUGACUGA